CAAAACAAGGGGUGGAAACGUCAUUCAGAAGAACGUCCCACGUCCGGCAGCCUGUGACAAAUGUCGGAUGAAGUGCCAAGAUCGGUUUUCCGAGAAAGACCGUCGACAGAUCAACGCCACCUUUUGGGCUCUUGGUAACACUACCACACAAAAGCAAUACAUCAAAGGUUCAGUUGAACUUCAUACUCCAAAUCGCCAAGAAGGAGCAGAAAAGCGGCGAAACUUCAGUCGAAAGUACUUUUUAAAGAAAGGCUCCGAAAACCUUCCGGUUUGCAGGGAUUUUUUCCUGCGAACCCUUCAUGUAAGCAACACGUUCGUGGACAUGAGUUUGUCUCCCGUACUCCAUGGAGCAGUCGACCCAACAGAAAAGCGUGGCUGGCAGGCGGGAAAAGCCUCACGGCGAGAGUCGACGAGGCUCGUCGUUGUACCCAUGAACAAGGAGGACAUCCACGACGUUAAGGGACUCUUCGAGACGAAAGGACCUCUGGUUCACCGUAAAAAAAGCCCCAAAAGCUCGACAGAAAUCAACUGGCUGGAAACACGCUGGAUCUUCAUUCGAAACACCACCUCCUUCAGCUUCAUAUACGAUUUCGAUGAAGGGCCAAUGAACCAGAUGAGCUGGGAGCGCCGAGGAGUUACGGCAUUCCCAACGGCUCUGCCCGUCGCUUACCCCGAAGGCAAUCCGAUUUCUUCAGCAAAGAAACACGACAUUCUUUCUCUGUGCCAACGAUUUGGAAGUGACGUUCGUGCCUUCUACAUGAACCUCAAAACCAACGAUGCGGAGGAUUUAGAUACUGAUGAAUAGGAUUGAAAAAGUGCUUGUUUGAGUCCCGGUUGGUAUUACUCAUUAAGUUUCUGUUCCAUAAAGUUCAA